AUUAGAAGGCGUGCGCAUAUAUAUCCAUACUGCGCCUCCUCCUUAUUCCUACCUCCUUUGCCGUCUCCAUAGCCGUCUCCUUGGAGUCCUUGCCUAACCUGCCUUCGAAAAGCUUCAACACAAGAUCUUAAGGUGGGUAUAUACUCUACAAUGGCCACAACUCCGCAGAGGCCGCCGCAGCUACUCCACAAUUUCCAUCUGCCCCGGUUGAAUUGGGGCCACAACUCUACCUCCAACCACCGCUUCCGCCGCCGCGACUCUUCCAGGUCAAUGGAUGACUCUCGAGUGAUCCCCCCCAAGGAAAACGUCAACCCCCACCGCUCUUCAACCGAAAACGGGGGUCCCGACUCCGAGCUCCGUCCGACCGGAUCAUACCCCCUGUUCUCAUCACCCCCUUGCUCCGCCGGAAAGCACCGUGCACGGAUCCCGAACGGAUCAGAAACCCAGCAGGAGGAACAAAACGGCGCAGUGGAGAUCCCAGAUGAAGGAGAGACGAGGACGUGGAAUCUGAGACCGAGAAAGGCGAGCGCAGCGGCGUCGUUUAGGAAUGGUGAAAUGCAGGAAGUUGAGGAAGGGAAUCAUUCUGCGGAUAGUAAGAAGCUAUUGAUCUCCCUGUCGAAGGAGGAGAUUGAGGAAGACGUUUAUUCCUUGACCGGGUCUAGACCCGCCCGCCGGCCCAAGAAACGGCCCAGAAACGUGCAGAAGCUACUCAAUAAUGUUUUUCCUGGAAUUUAUUUGGUGGGGCUCUCUGCUGCCUCCUAUCGAGCUCAUGAGUCACAGAUGUAGGGGUGUAUGUGACAUGGAGAAGGAAGGUAGGUGAAAUCUUGACAAAGGUGUGCUUUACCAACCUGUUAGGUGACAAUGUCUGUGUUAAACGCAAUGUAUCCCUUAGUCUUUUUAUUUUCCUCUUAGUCCUUGCUGAAAUUCUUUCUUGAGUGAAAUCAGAUCAUAAUACAGAGUUUGAUUGAUAUCGUGAAGAUUGGAGACCUUCAGACUUGAUUACAAUUAUGCCUCAAUUGGAGGCGCUCCAAGCCUUCAAGAAUUGUGCUGUUUUGGUUAUCAGUUCGAUCGUCUCUCGCUUCUCUCUAGGGCUUCGGCCGCUUGGAGUUUUUUUCCGUCUUCGAUUUUAAUCGAAGGACGGCCGCUUUUUCCGUCUUCGAUUUUAAUCGAAGGACGACCGUUAUUUCCGUCUUCGAUUUUAAUCGAAGGACGGCUGCUGUUGUUUGUGCUUCAUACUCGAAGGGCGGAUUUGCUGUCAUGGCUCGAGGAGAUCGAUGUUGUGGUCAAGGUUCGAGGAUGAUGUAUUGCUGUCGUCGUUGGAGAAGAUCGGCUCCGCCUAUCCGUUUACUCUGGUUGCAUGAAGCAGGGAUGAGUUUGGUUAUGCAGGGACGGAGGAUUGAUGCAUGGCCUUUGGCAGACAAAGGUCACGGAGUAUCAAUUAGCAUGGUACCGGUGGUAAGACCUCCUCCUGAACCACCACCAUGCGAUGUACGAGGUGCUAGAGUUCGUGAACGCUUUUCUUAUAGUUUUUAUCUGUUUGUUAUUUGUUUUCUUGUGUCCACUUUUGUUGUUGGUUUUGACAGUUUGUUUGAGUUUUUUGCCUCUCUUUAUAUCAUUGGGUAUGGUUGAAUCUAUGGGAAUAGGUUUGGCUGUGUCAAGCCCACUACAUGGUUAGCGAUUCGUGUUGCUCUCUCAGGGGUGACCGUCUCAAAGUCUCAUCAUAGGGUUACAGUCGUAGUUGUUGAAGUUUCAGUUGGUGUUAGUUUUAUUUUCCUUUUGCUUGAUGUAAUGAUCCUGAAUCUUUUGAUAUGAAUAGAGGUCCGUUUGACGAUAAAAAAAAAUGUAAUUUGAACUAAAUCGAAAUGUAAAUUGCUUUAAUAGACAUGUAACUUGAGCCCAAAUCAAAAUACGAGCUAUCUAUUAUACGUAGUAUAUGUAUAAAAAAUACAAUCGUGGAUGAAUUGAGUUUAAACUCGGGGGGAGGGGGGAUGUAUUCUGGCGGGUGAAACUAGAAGAACAAGGUGGGAGGAGAAAUUGAACAAGCGAUUUUGAAGUAGGGCAUGGAAUGAAGCCCAGAUGCGGAGUAACUAAACCUAGCUACUACUCCGGCGCGGCGCUGCAGAGCAAAUAUAGGGAUGAUGGAAAUCUACUGUUUCGAUGCAUAGUAGAAGCGCAACAGUCGUAGCAACUCCAGAUAAACAACAAGGUUGAAGACGGAGCCACCUAUUCAUGGCUGCAAUACUCCGGUGCAAGACGACCUGCGAUUGUGCAAGAUGAUUUGCGAUUUUCGUUGUGCAAGAUUUGCGAUUUCUUUUAAUAGAAAACGCUAGGGGUGGGCACAGUCCGGGUAGGUUCGGGUAAUUGAUAAAUUUUCAAAAACCAUUAGUUCCAUUAAACGGGUAAGUUCGAUCCGAGUAGGGUUGUAAAUGAAUCGAAU